GAGGAAGAGAUCGGGGCACGAGGGAGGAGACUCUCUCUAACUAUGAGUUGGCUGUGAGUGUGAGAGAGCAACAGUGACCGAGAGAGGGAGAGGAUGUUUGAUAAGCGGCUUGGGAAAUGACUGUUUAAGUUUGUGCGUUGAAUGCAGAGACAUUGUGGAGCCGGACAUGAGCAGUGACAGCAGCCCCAAGAAGCGCUAUGUAUCAACCCUCAGGAUGUACAUCGGACCCACCAACACUUCCCCUGGGCAGGGAAAAAACGUCUUGGCAGCCAGUAUCACUUCUGCUGCUGCUACUAGGACUGGGAUAGACACAGCCUCUAGUACAGCGGACAGCUGCCACACACUAACCCCCCUCAGAAGUCUGGAUCCACCCCUGUUCACAGAGCCUUUGGAGGACUGCUCGGCGGAUGAAGGAAGUGACAUCACACUCCGAGGGGUUAUCACAGGAAGUCAGCCAAUCAGUGUGUCCUGGCUGCACAAUGGUGAGGCAGUGUUUUUUGGGAAGCCCCUCUUCGAUGGCAGUGAGACUAGGCUGGUGGUGAGGGAAUGCCUACCUGAGGACGCGGGUGCCUACACCUGUGUGGCAGAGAACCGAGCGGGCAAGACCUCCAGCAGCGCAGCUGUGUGUGUGAGAGACUUUGAGACUAUCUGCAGAGUCCUGAACGCAACUUCACACACUUCCCCUCCCCUCAACAACAACAUUAUGGAAAACAGAGGCUCAAAGUUACUACUGUCAUCCAACAAUGACAGUGUCUUCAGACAAUCCAGCUCCCCAAUAAGCUCUAACACCCCGAGCCCAGGAGGACCCCGAAAAGUCUCCACAGAAGUCAGGCCAAAGAAGAGAGCCAGCUCCGGGACAGCCUCGUUGCAGUUUAAGGAUCCCCCAUCCCACAUUGAGGCACGACUAGGAGAGACAGCCCGUCUGACGUGUGCGUUCAGUGGAAGUCCCCCUGUGGUGUCCUGCUGGAUACGAAAUAAAGAACCAGUUGUAGAUGGGUCUGAGUUGUGGGUAGAGAGCAGUGAUCAGAGCAGUACAUUGGUGAUCGCAGAGCCAGGACCUGAGCACUCAGGACGCUACACCGUUGUAGUACGAGACCGCAAGAGCUCGGCGCAGCACAGCCUCACUCUUUCUGUCAUAGAGCGGCCCCAGUCCCCAGCCUCCAGCCCCGUGGUGUCUCUCCUCUCUGUCUCUCCUCUCUGUUUGGUCCUGUCCUGGUCUGGGCCCUGCUACGACGGAGGCAGUGCUGUCCUAGGCUACGUGGUGGAGGUGAGGAGAAAAGGCCCCGCUGAGUCUGGGGACUGGAGUGAGCUCACAGCCCGUUGCAAGAGUACUUCUUACAAGGUGCGCUCCGGGCUUGAGCCUCAGGGGGAGUACUGCUUCCGGGUGAGGGCCUACAACGUGGUGGGGGUGAGCGAGCCCAGUGAGGAGUCUCCGCUUAUCAAGAUGGAGCAGAGAGCUGAGCCACAAGAGGAGGAGUCUCCUCGGACAUAUGAGGACGUCACCAUCAACUCCACCCACAAGGUCACCGAUCACUACAAUAUACUGGAGAAACUGGGAGUGGGGAAGUUUGGCCAGGUGUUCAAACUGACUCACAAGGAGACCGGCCGUGUGUGUGCCGGAAAGUUCUACAAGGGCCGGCGGGCCAAGGAGAGGGAGGCGGCCCGUAAAGAGAUAGAGCUGAUGAACUUCCUGCACCACCCCAAACUGGUCCAGUGUCUGGGGGCCUAUGAUCUCAAGCCAGAAAUGGUCAUGGUCAUGGAGUUCAUUGCCGGAGGUGAGCUGUUUGAGCGUAUAGUGGACGACAGCUUUGUGCACACAGAGCCGGCCAGUGUGCGCUACAUGCAGCAGAUCGUGGAGGGGAUCGGCUACAUGCACCAGCAGAACAUCAUCCACCUGGACCUGAAGCCUGAAAACAUAGUGUGUGUUGACCACACUGGCACACGAAUUAAGAUCAUUGACUUUGGCCUGGCCAGCAAGCUGGACCCCUCCACUCCCCUGAAGGUGAUGCACGGGACACCAGAGUUUGUGGCUCCAGAGGUGAUUGGCUAUGAGCCUGUUAGCUUAGCUACAGACAUGUGGAGCAUUGGAGUCAUCUGCUACAUAUUACUGAGUGGCGAGUCUCCCUUCCAGGGUAACAGUGAGGCAGAAACCCUGGCCUUGGUGACUGGUGCUCAGUGGGAGUUUGACGAGGAGAGCUUCGAAGAGAUCACUGACCAGGCCAAAGAAUUCAUCAGCUCCCUGCUCAACAAGGAACCAAGGCGCAGGAUAUCCUGUGAGGAGGCUCUAGGCCACUCCUGGAUAGCUGAGCCCAUCUCAGCAGACCCCAGCACCACCAAGUGUCUCUCCAAGGAGAAGAUGAAGAGGUACCUUGCCAGGCAGAAGUGGAAGAAAACAGGGAAAGCCCUGCUGGCGCUGAAGAGGAUGGCUUUGCUGUCUAAAGCCGAUGGGCCUGGCUCCUCCACCACCCCUGUAGAAGACAGCCCCCUGAGUCCUGAGGCAGAGCAGGCCCUGCAGUCUCUAGAGGUCAAACUCCAGGGGGGGCCCCAGUUCUCCCUGACCCUAACGGACCAGACUGCCUCCCAGGGCUCUACCGCCCGCCUCUCCUGUCACCUCAGAGGGUAUCCUGACCCAGAGGUGGUGUGGUUGAGGGGGGAGGAGCCUCUGGAGGAGUCAUCCCGGGUGCAGAUAGAGUAUGAAGAGGAUGGGCUCUGCACCCUGGUCCUGGCCCAAAUUGGGCCAGGGGACUCGGAUGUUUACACCUGUAGGGCCACCAACGACCAGGGGAAGGCACAGUGUUCAGCCAAACUCAUAGUAAAGGAAUAGGUUUGUUCAGAACUGUGAAUACGUAUUUGAAACACAAACAAGCAGAUGUGCAGAAAUUCAGACGCCCAUGAUUGUGAAAUGUCUUUCAAACGUUCCAGAAAAUGUUGUACAGCGCUUGAACCACUGAACUCUGUACGUUACGGUUCUUGUGGAACAACUCUUUGAUUUCCGAUUGAAAACCUCUAAGUCCUAUUAGUUAUUUUGGACAUGCGUACGGGUUUGAAAAUAAUUCUCCUGUGAAUUAAGACUGUCAAUAGAGUGUCUUAAUAAUAAAGGAAUCUUUUUGCACCUAGUAUGGUUGUUAAACAUUUGACAGAUGUAACUUUCAUGUGCAUGUAUUUUAACCGCUGUGAAUUUUGAAUUAUUUUUAUUUUUCUCAGUGAACCGUUACUGUACAAAAAUGUUAUAGUUGCCUCUAAGACCAAUGGCUUUUUAUUUUUACAGUUAUGUACACCAGAUGACAGCAUAAUCUUUUGAAAAAGAGUUUGUCUUGUGGUGGAACAGCAGCCUUGUGGAAAGUGUGACAAUAAAAGCCAGGAAGCAUAUAAUUCCACAGCGUUAUAACCCCACUGUGUGCUACAGAUGACUAUUUUAUGUAUACUAACUUAAGGGCUGGAUUCAAUCCAUAUCGCUGGAAAUGUGCAUGGAGCGUGCUUGAAAUUUAAACGUAAAUUCCAAUUGAGCCGGUUUGCUGUAAAUGCAGUUGCCACUGACAUUGACGCUUAAAGGCAAUCGGUCUACAACGCUGAACUUCUGCGAUUAUGGAGUGAACACAACCCUUAUAUAAAAAUAAAGUAAUUUCAACCAUUUA